AUGAAGGUGUCGGGGAGCUGUCGAAUGGACUACUCUUGGGCGACCAGGAGGAAAAGUCCCGUUGGCUACACUUGGGACACCUACUACCCCUGGGGAGAAAAAGAGACAAACCAGUCAUUUUCGGUGGCUACAGAGCUCAGUCCAUCGUACCGGCUCGACUUUGUUACUUGGUUGCAUCCUGACAUCGACAAAACGCGCUUUGCCUACCCGAUGAUGACGCAUGUUAGCAUGGCUGCCGGCGUGGCUACAGUUAAGACGUACGUCGGAUCGGCUAGUGGCGCCUACAUCGAUGCCGGCGCCAGCUCUCUCGUUGGGGACAUGACGCGCUUGAUCCUUGCCAGCUACCUCUCGUCGCGGCAGAUCUUCCAGGAAAUCGUUCUGAUGCCCCGGCCGUCUCCAAACUCACCGAGCAUCCUGGACGCUGCCGUUGGGAAGCUCCUUGACGGUGCGAGGGAUUUCGUGGUCCGCACCGACGAAGCGGUGGCGAUGAGACUCGACCUGCUAAUCAUAGCACCGACCCUGUUGGCGCUUCUAUGGCUUGCAGUAGGGGCCCUCGAAUUGCUAAAGAGGAAAGACAUAUGGAGGAGGUUUGGUGCAAGAGCCGGGGCUCUGAGCGCCACGCAGCUGUUCCGACAGCUCGACGAGCACCUAAGCGGCCAUGAUUGGACCGGGACGACAGCGGCUAUUCCACAACCUUCGGUGGAAGACUCUGGGCUUGCGAUUGACGUCAGCGAGUCUGCCUGCAUGCCUAAGAGCAAUUCGGUCGAUUCGGGGUGCAAGGAACCUAGUAUCACGUUUACUACUAUUAAAAGGGAAAAUGUGCCAGAAAGGAGACAGGUGGAAGACUUAGAGGCGGAAGCUGUAGAACAGUCGGAGGGGGCCGUGAGAAUGGAGUUAUUAUUAUAA